UCAUUCUUUCUCCACUACUUUCUUUUGCUUAACGUAUAACAUAGUUGAUCAUUGGAAGCUCGAAGAUAUGGCAGCACCAAUGGUUAAAAAGAGUUGGACGAGAAAUUCUUUCAACGUUGCAGCUGUUUUGCUUAUGUUGCUGUUUUUGAGCACCGAUUGCAAAGCCCAUCUGUCUCCUAAGUUUUAUGACAACACGUGUCCGAAUGCACUGAGCACUAUUCGGACUGCUAUUAGAACAGCAGUUUCAAGCGAACGUCGGAUGGCGGCAUCUCUUGUUCGUCUCCAUUUCCAUGAUUGUUUCGUGCAGGGCUGUGAUGCAUCGAUUCUACUGAAGGACGCCGAAAGAAACGCAUUGCAAAAUAAGGAUUCUGUAAGAGGUUAUGAAGUCAUUGACAGUGCCAAAGCUGAGGUAGAGAAGACAUGCCCUGGAGUUGUAUCCUGCGCAGAUAUUCUUGCGCUGGCAGCACGAGACGCAUCAGUUGCUGUGGGUGGCCCAUCCUGGACGGUGAAGCUCGGAAGAAGGGAUUCCACCACUGCAAGCUUAACUCUAGCCGAGAGAGAACUUCCAACUGCUGCAGACAACCUAGACAAACUUAUUUCUAACUUUGCUGGCAAAGGCCUUAGUGCAAGAGAUAUGGUCGCUUUAUCAGGUUCCCACACACUAGGGCAAGCACGAUGCACCACAUUUCGAGACCGGAUAUACGACGACGAGAGUGACAUUGAUGCCGGAUUUGCCAACACUCGCAAGCGCCGUUGUCCAGUUACGGGUGGUGAUCAAAACUUGGCAGCGUUGGAUUUGGUGACACCAAAUUCUUUUGAUAACAACUACUUCAAGAAUUUAAUUCAAAAGAAAGGUCUCCUUGCAUCAGAUCAAGUCCUCUUUAGUGGAGGGUCGACAGACAAUGUUGUUUCAGAAUAUAGUAGAAGCCCUGCCACUUUUAAGUCUGAUUUUGCCUCUGCCAUGAUCAAAAUGAGUGAAAUUGAACCUCUCACUGGCUCAGCUGGGCAGAUAAGAAGGAUUUGCAGUGCUGUCAACUAGUUAAAGAUGCUAUUUCUCAAACACUUAAGAGUAUAAAACUUGUUUCGUUCCUCCAGUUUGUCAUUUUUUUGUUAUUAAUUGUUUUUUUUUUCUUCAAAUUAUUGCAAUUGUAAAAAGGGAAAUUUUAUAGUUUGUUAAUUGUAAUGAGAUUCCUUGUACUAAAUCCCGCAUUCCUUUAGAAACAAACAACUUUCAUCCUCGUUGGAGAGAUAUAUUUCGAUAUUACCCAACAAGUAUGUAAUUGUUCAAGGAAUUAACAUGGCUAAGCAUUUUACUAUGCCUAGAAUAAACUAGAAAUAAAACGCCUUGUUAAUUAGUUGCAAUGCUUCCUGGUGCAAGACUACCACUUGUUAUAAGAGAGAAACCUAUGGUGAUAAUUGUUAUUACAUUGUUACAGUUGAUCACACUCCAAACGCCUAAGCACUAAACUCUCUGUUAUUACCCUAUGAU